UCUACACACAUGUGGAAGCCAUUGGUGUUGUUUAUAAUGGCAUGACACUUGAUUCUUCUUCAACAUUGAAUGAAGCUGGACUAACUCACGAAUGUACGUUAUCAUUAACGUAUCUCUCGGAACACGACACCGUACAAAACACAGGAUCCGCAGUGGGCACCGUAGCUGGAGAGCGGGAAAUAGAAGGACCUAUGGAUGUUACUGAUCAAAGUCAGGCCAGGCCUGGGCACGUCAUGCAGAGUCGCGUAUGCAAAGCGAUGAACACAAAGACAAGGAUCCACGGCAUCAGGGAAGAGAGGACAGUAUCAGGGACAGCACAGAACUCAACUGAACGCAUGGUCACGUCCCGACUAAUAAAUAUGCCCGGACAAUCAACUGCUCUGGCAACAGAUGUCAUGAUGCCUGUUGAAACGAAUGCAGCCACUGCAACAUCUACAACUCGACAGAAUCCCUGGCGAUUCCCAAAUCCUCCUCCGAACGCGAACCAGCAAGUCUCAAACACUGAAAUGUCGUUAGUUCAUCAAAUUCCGCAAACAACAGUGCCAUUCGAACCCGACAGUGGUGACAAUGGUGGACAGAGAGGGUACUUUAGAUAUAGGUCUGAGUGUGAACUUUGGCUACCACAGCCUUCAGACGCACCUUCGUCCUUACCCUUAAUUCAUCGAAGUCACUCCGACUACAAUAUGACAUGUAAUGCUAUUCCCGGUCCCAUGUCAUCUUCAUUAUCUCUGCCGUCAUUGCUACAGGAUCCCAUCGAUGCCGUUCCAGAUCGUAUUCUCGACGAUCUUGCUGGGAGGUUGGGAAACGACUGGUAUACACUUGGACUUCGGCUUGGAUUGGAGACACACCAUCUGGACGCAAUCAAGCAUGAUGAGAGAGAUGAUCUCAGGAACCAAGCUUACCAAAUGCUGUGCCGGUGGAAGAAAACAAGGGGGAAACAUGCCACCCUGGAAACACUGUGUGCAAGGUUAAGAGAGUGUGAACUCGCAGCCCACGCAGAUUCUAUUGAAGAAUGGAAUACCAAUGUUUCAAAUCAAAGAAGUAUAAGAAACUAGAAAAUAUGCUUCCUGCAUAACUGGUCGUCACAGGUUUUGUUACAGUCCUGAAAUUGUAACCAAAUUAUGCAAAGAAAAGCGCCCUAAGCUUGCGAUCCUUCAUGGAUUUAAAUAAGGGACCAAUGUUUAUGUGGGAGUUUGUAUGUAUUUUGUACUUUGUAAUGAACUGAGAGAAACCAACUGGUUUGGAAAUGUAUAUUUAUGACGAAACAAGAGACUUGAAAAAUACAUUUUCUUGUUGGAUGUAAAUAUCUUUAAAUGAUUCAAAAUAUAUAUUGAAUUAAAUAUUUUUUGGCAAAUGUCCGUUAUCAAUUAGACAUAAAGAACGUGUAAAGUAAAUUGGUGAUCAUUGAUCGUUUGCUGAUAUGGAAUUCUAGGAGAAGUGGUCAAUACAAUAGGGGCGGUGGGGUAGCCCCGUGGUUAAAGCGUUCGCUCGUCACGCUGAAGACCCGGGUUCGAUUCCCCAGAUUGCUGGAAUAUUGCUAAAAGCGGCGUAAAACCACACUCACUAUAUAUACAAUAAGGGACAAAAGAUACUGUCCAUUGUUUAUGGUACUUCAGUACUGAUCACUGUUCUUUGCUUGUUCAGUAGGACUGUCCUGAGGAUGUUCAAUCCUUCUGUUUCCUCUGUUGCUAUGGAAACCUAGCUGAUCAAGACAACUUCGAAUGCCAAAUAUUGUAAAUGUUCUAAACAAAAUCACUCACACCCGAGUUUAUUACACUCCGCAAGUAUUAUGGAAAACACAUAUGACAAUUAGAGGUGCAAUUCUAAACAACUGUCGAAUUUUAAUCACAUACAACAAAUUUAUCUUUUUGCAAUUUAGUAUCAAUCUGCUCCAACAAUUUCAGUGUGGAAAGUUCAGCAUCAAAUUCAAUUUACUCCUGAAGAAUUUAAACUAGAAAAUAUGCUUCCUGCAUAAAUGGUCGUUACAGGUUUUGUUACAGUCCUGAAAUUGUAUCCAAAUUAUGCAAAGAAAAGUGAAUGUUUUGGCUGCGCCGUAAGCUUGCGAUCCUUUAUAGAUUUGAAUAACGAUUUAAAUAACGGACCAAUGUUUGUGUAUUUUUCUUGACAAUUGUUGCUUUGUAUUCGAUAAUAGAAAACAAAAUUUCAUCUGAAUUACAGAAUUAAUAUAUUUUCAGUGUUUUAGGAUUCUGUGAAUUUCCAGUUGGUUACAGCUGUCAGAAUUCCUUAGGGUUUCUAUGGUAACAGGUGCCAGUAUUUUCUGACGGUUAGAGUUUUCCUGAUUCUAUGAGAUGAGACUCCUUAAAGUAAAACUGCCAUAAUCAUAAGCAUUUAUGUGGACUCGGUACUCCAGGGGCGGAUACAGCUUUUUGAGAAAGGGGGGUUGCACACUAUUGAGAAAAGGGAGGGUGCACACUUCAUUUUCACCAGAGUUUCAAUGGUCAUUUAAUAAACUUUCAGGACAAAAGGGGGGGGUGCGCACCCCUGUACCCCUGCACCCCCCCUCUGGAUCCGCCUAUGUACUCGUACUGCUGUCAGUCGCUCUUCAAUGAACUUCGCCGGCUGGCCCUCGAGGACCAAAAACUCAAACAUAUCCAUUUCUGCCGUUUCAAUUGGAGUACAUGUGAUUAGAUGUCACGUGACCGUACACUAGCGAAAUGUGCAUCUGAGUAUUACGUUUAUGUGAAUGACAUGAACAAUUGUUCAAUAACAUACAGUUAUUAUUAUCGUGGACAUAUCAGAAGUAUAUUUUAGGCUCAAGAAUUUUGAUAGCCCCCGCGUACUUUCGAUACGUGUUUGGCAUUCACAUUGUCUUGAGAUACACAGCCUCCAGUUUCCCUGCGGCUUAUAUAAAAUGAAAAGUCAAGUCGCAGUUGCAAAUUAUGUUUGUAUGUGAUAGUUAUGAAAAUGUAGUUUAUUACAUAGACCAUGGUAGACCGAGCUGUCAUUCGAAAACAUUCAACGGAACGUUCUGUGGUCUAAGGGAGACAACUCCAUGUUAUUUUUUAGAACAGCUGAUCAAUUGGCUCAGUUCAUAUGCACAUUGUGUCGUUAUAGGCUGGUGUAAUUUGUGUAUCGUUUUGUUUACGGACGAAAUGACACAAACAGAUAUAAUGUUAGCAAGUUAUAAUUUAUACGUGUAAGUAUAACUUGUAGUAAUUCCGGACUUGGCGGUUGAAGAUAAGAAUUUACGCCUGAUAAUCUAUGAAUGAAGUAAAGGCAAAGUUAUGCUGAAAUCCAAACGAAGAGUGAGUGAGUUGGGUUCUACGCCGCUUUUAGCAAUAUUCCAGCAAUAUCACCGCGGGUCUUACCAAAGAACAUCUCUAACAGUUAUAAAAAAUGCCUCCCAAUCAACAUGUCAUACACAGUGUGUUUUUACGUUUAUACCUCCAUGAACGCAAUAAAAAUAUAAUGGAAGUCA